GACAGUGGUGUCCGGCCAUUAAGAGCUUUCCUGUUCACAUCCACCAAACCCGUUUGGAUUAAGAUCCGGACAGUUUCGACAUUGCUGGGGCUUCCCCACAUGGCACAAGAAAGGGGAGUCCGUCCAGAUUCCUCAGGGCAUUGGACAUCAAUCCUACCAGUCAUGCAAAGGGCUUUCACCACCUCACAAUGCCCACUAUAUGCAGCCCAUGACAAUGGUGACCAUCCUCUAUCACUAUCCCCUGGAUCAUCAAGCAAGGACUGA